AUGAGGAAGAAAACCAUACCUCAAAAGCCUCCUCGUGAGAAGAUAUACAAGCUUCCUGCAAAACAAAAACCCUUAACUCGCUCUCAGGACCAAACCUUUACUCUAUCUCCUUCUCCUCCUACCUCACCUCCUCGGACUGAUCCCAUGGCUCGCACUAAGAACCCAUUAAGGUUCCCUCCUUCAGCCAAGCAGACACCACCACUGAAGGAACCUCCAUCCAAACCUGGUUCGUCGAAGCCGAGUUCAUCAAAAGGGAAACGACUAGCCGCGGCUGAACCUACCUCUGAGCCCACUCAACCUAAGACAAGGUCUGUUCCCUUGUGUUCUUAA